AUGGUGACUGGAAAACCGGCUGAGCCGUUUCAAUCGCUUCCGCCAACGGCGUCCCAGCGCGAAGCGUCACCUGCCUCCCCUCCGUCGAGACGAGACCUUACAACUUGGUGGAGGCAGUUCAAGAGGAACACUAGAAAGGAGGAACCGAAAGAAAAAGUACAGCAGGGUAUUUUCGGUGUCCCUCUCAAGGUCAGCAUCAAGUAUGCGAACGUCGCCAUCUCCCUCACAAACGACAAUGGGGAAAGUUUCAUCUACGGCUACGUGCCCAUUGUGGUCGCAAAAUGUGGAGUGUUCUUGAAAGAGAAAGCGACCGACGUCGAGGGAAUCUUUCGUCUCAACGGAUCUGCGAAGCGCAUCAAGGAUCUACAGGAGAUCUUCGACUCCCCAGAACGUUAUGGCAAAGGCUUGGAUUGGACCGGGUAUACCGUGCACGAUGCUGCGAAUGUUCUCCGACGAUACCUCAAUCAGCUGCCGGAACCCAUUGUUCCCUUGGAAUUCUACGAGCGAUUCAGAGAACCUCUGCGCAAAUUCCAAUCUCAGGCCCAGGAAAAAGGGCCUUCUCAAGAAUCGGAGGCCGCAGAGCAUUCUAAAGCUGUCGCCGCUUACCAGCAGCUCAUCAGGGAGCUGCCCCCGCUCAACAAGCAGCUACUGCUUUACAUCCUCGAUCUCCUGGCGGUCUUUGCGUCCAAAUCCGACCAGAAUCGAAUGAACUCUGCCAACCUGUCCGCCAUCUUCCAACCCGGAUUGCUCUCUCAUCCGCAGCACGACAUGUCGCCGGACGAAUAUAAACUGAGCCAGGAUGUGCUGAUUUUCCUCAUCGAAAACCAGGACCAUUUCCUUGUGGGUAUGAACGGCACAGCCGCUGAUGAACAAACUGUCAAGGAAGUCGAAUCUGGCAAUGCUCGCCCACCGACGUCCCAAUCGAACAUACGACGCUCCGUAUCUAGUGCCAGCGCGGGAGCUGACAGCUUCAAGAAGUACGAGUCGUUACGGAGAAAUGUUUCCGUAUCUUCGAGGAACUCACGCACAUCCAACAAUGUUUCCAACCCCGCGACUCCCACCACCUUGGGUGCAGUGGGAGUGCACAGGAGCAACACAUUACCGUCCAAGAUGUCACCUGCGAUGCGCCACAGUCGCGUCGCCGAGUCCACGAACUCUCCCGGAACGCCGGCACACCUAUCUCGAUCGUCAAGUCGCACGCCCCCAUCUACCGGGACGGCUUUGCAAUCCCCACCGCCGCCCACUACCGUUCAGGUAACACCUGGGAUCGCAUACAUACACUCAGCCACCCAUGGACCAAUGCCAAAAUCUGAAGCUGAGAAAUUGCAUGAGAAGCCUCAGCACGUCAACUUGCCGCCCCCUACAGCGUCACUCGCUCCCGCUGUUGUUACACCGACAAGGGAGCGUAAGCUCUCAAGUUUCUUCACAAAGUCUCCACCGCCGAGUGGGGAACCGAAGGACCCGCGGCAACCAAAUAGGUUAAAGAAGAAGCGGAUUCCGGGAAGUGCAAACGAAAGCGCGCAAAGCUCUGCCAUCUCACUUCAAGCCGCGACCUCUGAAUCGGCGCUGCUUGCAUCUCAAGUGCCGCCACGAUCGGAAUCCUCGCAGGACGACGGAGGCGCAACCCCAAAGCCAUCCAACAAUGCAAGCGUCGAGGAUGGGGAUUCUCAGCGGGUGGGAAGACCUGAGAAGAGGAUAAGCCAGACAGAAAGUGGACACCCUAUCGGGGAUGCCCUACGACCCCACGGCUCACGGACGCCAUCUAUGAACUCGCGGUCAUCGUUCACGGAUUAUUCCGAUGUUGACCACACCGAUGAAGCGACGCGUAAAGAGCAUCGCCGAAGUUGGCGAUUCCCCCGAACGGCCAAGCGAAGCAAUGAACAGAUUGGCCUUGGCUUGGGGUCGCCCCCUCUUACCGCUUCAAGCCCUGGAGCAGACCGCAGUACGAGCUCGAUCAGUAGCUGGCAUCAGUCGAGCAAGAGCUCCCCGUCCGACCUUCAGCAGUUUGCGAACGAUCCUUCUUAUCAGCCGCUGAGCUUGGAUGCGGAAGUUCACAACAAUGGUGCUCCCAAGGAGAUUCCUGCUGCAGAGCCUGAGAAGCGAAGUCUCUUUGGGAAGUUCAAGGCCAAGGUUGCCCAGGUUCGAGACGGUGUUCGAGAGUCAUCUGAGAGGGAUCGGACACGAAGCCCUGUUUACUCUGACGACGCUGCGUCGAGCCAGAACCUAUCGCUUCCUGGCAGGGACAACCACAGUCCUCGGCCGGCUCCGAUUGACGUCACUCGGGAACCGAGAGAAGCACAGGUGGUCACUCCAGUCUCUCCUCUGCCCAGCUCCGGACUACCCCCGGCUAUCCCUGAAGAGCCUCCCACUCCCGACAGUCCUGUCUCGCCGAUUAACCCUGUCGAACAAGCAGCUGCUCAGUUAGAUGGAGUGGUUGAGCACAAAGCUGAAGAAAAGGCCGCUGAAAAGGCAGCCACUGAAGAACUGACCCCUCCCGCCUCCGAGGCGCAGGCACCUGUAACAGAUGUCAAAAAAGAGGCUGAGACGCCCGAGGCGACCCCUACCACGCAGUAA